UACACACACGAACAGUGGGAACAUGAGCGUAGGGCCGAGGCAAUAGUGCGGAAAUCCCGUGCGGAUUGAGAAGGUACUCAUUGCCCUUUAACUUUAGAUCGAGUCCCCUAGCUCCCCUCCUCCUUUUGAACGAGCUCCUCAUCAGUCACGGAUGACACCUGUCCGUGAUUGGCGCAGAGCCCUACUACCUGUCUGCCGAUUGUCGUGGAAUGGGCCUUGGCCUUUAGCGUGGUGUUCUCACGGCGACUUAGCUGGACCGUGCAUCAGACAUAAGAGUCAUUGGAAUUCAAGUGACCGUGUUUGCCAUUCCUUCAGAGGGAAUUGGGACAAUCACGGCAUUGGUAUUGCCCCUCAAGGAAGGCCCACUCGUUCAUCUGUCAAGUUCCCCGUUUGGACCCGCCCUGCUGCUGGGUACUGGUUGAACGGGACAAGGCUUCCGUUGUCUGGCGGCAACAUGAAUCAAGUCUUCAGCAAGCUAGGCAGUUGCUUCUCGACGUCCACCACUGCCAUGGGCGAUCAUCCCGUGACAUUCUGGGAGGGCGUGGUUUGCCCGUUGUCGGAUCUCGUUCCCGGACAGAUGAAACAAGUCCAACUUCAGGGGGAUCACAGCUGCAUCCUCAUUCAAGAGUCCGACGGAGCUAUCCACGCUCUGAGUUCCAAAUGCACGCAUUACGGCGCCAAUCUGAUCAAUGGCACCUACCAUGAUGGCGUCAUCCGAUGUCCGUGGCAUGGAGCUUGCUUUAAAGCCUCCACGGGCGAUAUUGAGGACUUCCCGGGUUUAGACAGCUUGCAUAAAUAUGAGGUGCGGGUGGAUUCGGAUCAAAACGUGGUGGUCAAGAUGGCUCAGCCGCUUUUGGGCGAGAAGCGGCGGGUUAAGCCACUUGGUCAGAGAGAUCCGAACAAUUUGGAGGUGGUUGUUAUCAUCGGCGGCGGUGCUUCGGCCGAGGCAUGUGCCGAGACUUUGCGGCAAGAUAACAACUUUACGGGGGAGAUCAUUGUCUUAACGCAGGAAGAUCUCCUACCCUACGAUCGACCCAAAUUGAGCAAAGCCUUGUCGAUUGACGUUGAGAACAUUCAGUUGAGAAAUCCGGCGUAUUAUCAUUUGGGCGAUAUCGACAUACGGACCAGCUCCCAAGUCACUGAUCUGAAUACAAAAAGCAAAGAAGUCACGUUGGCCUCGGGAGCCACCAUCAAGUUUGAUAAACUUGUUAUCGCUAGUGGGACUUCUCCUCGACGACUCAAUGACGUCCCAGGAGCCAACUUGGAAAAUAUCAUGGUACUACGCUCGCCAAGCGAUGGGCAAGCCAUUGAGGCUAAAGGCCGCAACAAGAAGGUCGCCAUUAUUGGUACCUCUUUUAUUGGCAUGGAAGUGGCCGCAUAUUUGGCUGAUAAGGCCCAAACCGUGACCUUGAUUGGCAAUUCUGAAUUUCCAUUUGAGCGCUCUUUAGGGCCGGAUAUUGGAAAAAUGGUUCGUUCCAUGCAUGAGGCCAAAGGGGUGAGUUUUCAGAUGGGCCAAGGUUCAAAAGAGUUCCUCGACAAUGGAUCGGGUGCGGUCAGUGGAAUCCGUCUUGAAGAUGGAACGGAGAUUCAAGCCGACUUGGUCGUACUCGGGGUCGGAGUGGAGCCUAACAAUCAAUUCAUACCCCAAGACUGUGAUCUGGAACUCACUCAAGAUGGCUACGUCAAAGUGAAUGAUCACCUCGAGACCAAUAUUAAAGGCAUCUAUUGCGUGGGCGAUAUGGCCGCUUUCCCUCUAUUCUUGACGGAGAGCCCUGAAGAAAAUCUCGUGCAUAUUGGCCACUGGCAAUUGGCUCAUGCCCAUGGUCGUAGGGCAGCGCUCAACCUCUGCGGAAAGAAUGAACCAAUCAAGUCGGUCCCGUUUUUUUGGACUGUUCAAUAUGGCAAAAGUAUUCGUUAUGCCGGAUUCUCCCCUGAUUAUGACGACAUCGUAUUCGACGGUAGACCGGAAGAUGGAAAAUUUGCGGCUUAUUAUUGCAAAGGCGAUCGCGUUGAUGCCAUUGCAACGCUCAUGCGAGAUCCGCUUGCUGCCGAAUUUGCCGACCUUCUCCGUGCUGGCCAGACACUUAAGAAAGAUCAGGUCUUGACUGAUUGGCAUAAGAUCUAUUAACAUGUGCCACGACAUUCUUAUUCAUUGAAACGUAGUUUUUAACGUAUUAUCAAUUUCAUAGAUGGUAAGGUUGUUGCAGUUAUUUUCGUUCAUUCCUUGGCUCAGUGUUCUGCUACAGGGGUCCAAACUGAAUAGCGUAAUAAUGACCAUGAAAAAUGUAGAUAAGGGGGAAAAGUCGAAAUAAUCAUCGGCUGUGGAAAUUACUUCAUCAAUAAAUUUGAAUGACGUAAUCCGCGUAA